AAAUAACCUCCUGCAACCUGCAACCUGCAACCUGUGAUCAAGAACCUCGGUCAGUGUUAUUAUCAUCACAACAUUUGUUCUCUUCUCAUUCUUGUAGAAGGAAGAUAAUCUUUUACUUGGUAAUUAUACCAUUUGCCAUUGACGUGUCUCCUUUAUUUUAUUUUUCUUCUUGACCGCCUGACGAUAUACUAUUUCUUACCUUUUUAGCAACCGUCCUCAGCCUUUUCGGAGCUACCUACUUUCAGCCGCUUGUAAACAUUACAGCUGUCACCGAUUGGUGCUUGGUGUUUGGUGCUUGGUGCGUCAACCUAGCAACCCUAUAACUUUCCAAAACAACUCUUGAACGCCAUUCUCGAAUUGUGCAUCUCGUAGGCCGCAUAUUCUGCACCGCACGGCCACGGAACUUUAUCAUACAUCUCAUACCUACAUCUUGUAAAUCGGUUUUUAUUUCUCCAUUGGGAGACAUGAAUUACCAAUAAUCACGACAUAAUUUGCAAGUUUUCCUUUCAGUAUGGCCUCUGAUGGGCAACCUGUAACGCAGCCUUUGCGUAUUGCUAAGAACAGCACCCCAUCUACAUCGCCAAUUAAGAGUAGCAUUCCGCGUCCGUUGUCUGAGAUCUCAGCCACUGAGCAGCGACGAAACUCACCAAGCUGGAACCCUUCAAAGAAGAUGGGUCUUAAUACUGAUUCAUCUCCAUUCCAGUCAUCUCCUCUGGACGGCACGACUUCACCGCGCCUGUUUUGGCAGAAUCGUAAUGUCAAUAAUCGCAUCGAAAACGACUUGUAUGGAGGUCGUGCUGGUUCCCCGUCGCCCACUAGGCGUUCUUCUAUCGAGCGACUGCAGAAGGCGUCGCGUGUAAAAAAUAGUACCAUGUUCGCUCGAGAACAGAAACAAGAAUACGACCCCAUGCGUAUACCAGCAAUAGAGCGUCCUCUUGCUAAGGUCCAAGGCAAUGCUUUCACAAACAACUUUCGAUCAAGCCAUGGCCGCUCAGAUAGCCAGACCAGCAUCUCUCUAUAUACCCCUACAAAGACUGGCUCUCGCUCAUCUCCCGCUCCUGUUGGCUCUCAACCCCCCAGCCCAAGCAAGGACCAAGCAUCUCCGACUAAAUCAUCACUUUCUUCAGCCCGCCUUAAGAGCAGUCAAGAUUUACAUAGUGAUGUUUUCUCGGAUAUGUCAUUUGAAGAUCAUGAACUCCCAACUGGCAAGUCACUCCACCGCCACGCCAAGUCUGUUACCUUCGAUGCUGCCCCACCUCAGAUUAAUGAGUACGAAAUGGCAACCCCUGAUAUGUCUUCUGUUGGCACAAACUCGCGGGAAGGUAGCUAUGAGGAUGAUGAGGAUGACGAUGAUGACUAUAUCUAUGGUCAUUAUCCUGGGGGUGAGAUGGACGCACAGGAUGAUAGUUUUGAUGCGACACUAGAAGACACAGACAAGACUCCAGUUGUCGGGCCUGAUGAUUGGCGUCAAGAUCGGGACACGCGCUUUGAUAGCAGUCCUAUGCCUGAGGGUACCUUAUCACAAGCCAUGUCUCCACAAUCACAACAUUCCCGUACAGAUUCAUCAACAUCUAGCAGUGAGCAUCGACCUCUACCUCCCCUUCCGGGAAUGGGCCAUGCCCGCUCCCAGUCUGCAUCUUCAAAUGGACUGUCUGCUACCGCAGAACGUAUGUUAGGCUCUCCUCGAAGUCUCCCUUCGCCACCCCCUGCUUCAAUAAGCAAGUCUGAUAUCCAUAAUAUUGGCAAUGGUAGCAUGUCGUUGGAAGAGCGACUUAAGCUCAUGAUGCUGGACGAGACUAGUCCUAAGUCUGAUAGCUCUGCAAAGACUUUUGCUGAACAGCAGCGGGAGCGUCGCAUGCGACGAGCUGGAGCUCGUGAUAGAGUUACAAGCCCCACUCCAGGUCAUAGCGAUCAUAAAGACCAUGAAGACCAUGAGGAUCAUGAGGAUCGUGAAGACCGGGAUGACCAUGAAGACCGAGAGGACGAAGGUAAUGAGGAGGACGACACUGUUGGUGAUCUAUCCGGAUUGGAUAUGGAUUAUCAGCUUCCGAGCAUUUCUCGACAGUCCAUCCUGCGUCGCCUUAAUGGCAACAAGGAACUGGAUCAAGAAUCAGAAUUCACAUUUAUGUCAUCAGGCCCUGAACCGAGCCUCACCCGCGACGCUCCUUAUGAUCCUGAUGUCCCUAUCGCUAGUAUCGAAGAUUCGAUUCUUGAUGAUGGUGAGGAGUCGAAUGAGGACAGUGUGGUUCAUCAUGAGAGUGAGGAUGAUAAAGGUGACGUCUAUGACCUAUAUCAACGGUCUGAAGAUGAAGAUGCAAUGUCCCAAAAGGAUGACCAAGAUGACCAAGAUGACCAGGACGAUAGUGAUGAUCACAGUGAUCACGACGACGACGAUGAUGAUACGGAGAGUCAAUACUCCGACGAAGUUGAGAAGCCCCAGCCCGUGGAUGCACAGCCUGAAGAAGAGUCGGUCACGACUCCUCGAGCGGCUAGUCCAGCUCUUGAAGGUGCCAUUACAAACUUUAGCGCUACCCUUCCCCAGAUAACAAGUUCAUCUAAGGACGUAGAAUUCACUCGUAGCUUGCAAUCUCAUAUGCUCCCCAAGCCCAAGGAAGCAGGUGCUCUUACGCACUUAGAGAGUCACAAAGCUUCGGAUGCGGACUCUUACUUAGAACGGUCAAAGACCCCGGAAAGGCGUAUAUCGAAACCUGUAUAUGAUGGUUCCGGAUGGGGAGAUCCCGAAGAGGAUGAGUACGAAUCAGAAGAGCCAGGUACUCCUGAAUCUGUGAUCCACCAUCCUAUAUCCGAUGAUGAGGAUGAGGAUGAGGAAUACGAGGAUGAAAUUGAGGAGGUUGAGGAAGUCGAGGAGGUUGAAGAAGUUGAGAAAGUCAGAGAAGCCGAAGAAGUCGAUGAAGCUAAAGAGAUUGAGGAAUUUUUAAUCGAGUCACCUGCCAUUCCUGAGCGGGAAGCCACCAUUAAAUCUUCUUCAGGCUCUAAGCUGAAGACUCGCGCUUCUGCCACCCCGUCCGACAUUAUUUCCAUGCGUGAGGCUCGCCGACAAGUAAGCCGAGAAGUAGCACCUGUGGUCCCACCAAUUCCUGACCGGCAUCGUAACCGUCUUUCUCGGGAUUUGGCACCUGACACUCUCGAGGUCCCUACUGGUGACGAUUUUAUCGAGCGACAUCCAAGCUUUAAGCAGCGUAGUUUAACUUUAGAUCUUGACUUAGGCCUCAGUCUUGAUCAGGACUUUGAGCGGGUCAUCGAGGCACAAAAGGUCAAUACCCAAUUUCUUCCCCACGCCUACCACUCCCUUGCUGCAAUCAAUGAGCCAAAAAGACAAGCGUCAGGCUCCGAUCCUCAAAACACCAAUAAAGUUAAUUCGUACCGUGGAAUAACUAAAACUAACAUUGAAUUUCCACGACAGCGAGGUUACCUUAUGCGCCAGAACACAAAACUCGUUACUGCAAGCGACAAAGAGACGGAAGAGGCUCGAGCUGGCACCCGUUCUGCCGGAAACUCUCCAAUUAAGCAGCAACGCCCCCAGUCGUGGACUGUUGAGCCUUGGAAUGGUAAGCACAGGAAAAGUAUCAAGAAGAGACACGCACCAAGUAUCAACGGUCAAGCGCCACCUCUACCAGGUCAUGAAAGCAAUUCGACAGCGAUGAAUUCGUUACCCGAGGAAGAUAGCCACGAGCUAGCGACGGAAGAGUGUGGCGAGCGAGGCAGAUUAUUUGUCAAGGUAAUGGGCGUGAAAGAUCUUGAUCUCCCCCUGCCCAAGAAUGAACGAACAUGGUUUAGCCUUACUCUCGACAACGGAGUACACUGUGUGACCACAUCCUGGUUGGAGCUGGCUCGUAACGCUCCGAUCGGCCAGGAGUUUGAACUUGUUGUUCCCAACGAGUUGGAAUUCCAACUUACCCUCAACGUGAAGUUGGAGAGGCCUCCGCCUGAGCGCGUAACAGUCGCGCCAACCAAGACGUUGAAACCCAAGCCAUCUACCUUUUCUCGUGUCUUCGCUAGCCCCAAGAAGCGAAAGGAGAUGGAAGCUCGUCAACGCGCCGAAGAGGAAGCCUACGCCCAGGCCCAGCGCGACGCCGCUACGAAGCAGAGGAAUGUUGUACCCACGGCGUGGGACCUACUAUCUCCUCUUGCGGCAGAGGAUGGAACCUUCGCACGCGCAUACGUCUGUCUUAAGGAGCACGAAUCCCGCUGCUAUGGACGACCUUAUAUGGCAGAGAUUGCGACUUUCAACGAAUGGGCUACCGAGGAGCCCAACUUCGCCAACAGCGUCAAGAGCAAGCGCUCUGGAGUUCCUAGCAACUCGGUUGUGCGCCGCGCACCCUACAAGAUCGGCAAACUAGAAGUGCAACUUCUCUUCGUGCCGCGACCUAAAGGAUCGACGAAUGAUGACAUGCCAAAGAGCAUGAAUAUGUGCAUCCGCGAGUUGAAGGCAGCUGAGGAGAGAUUGUCUAGGAACUGGGAGGGUCACCUAAGCCAGCAAGGAGGAGAUUGCCCCUAUUGGCGUCGCCGCUACUUUAAACUUGUUGGUACUAAGCUUACCGCUUAUCACGAAACAACCCGUCAACCUCGUGCCACAAUCAACCUCUCCAAUGCCAAGCGACUGAUUGACGAUCGACGGCAGCUGACUGACCCCGAGACCACGGGUCGCGGCGGUAAAAGACGUCGCUCUGCCUUCGCGGAAGAGGAAGAAGGUUACAUGUUUGUUGAAGAGGGUUUCCGUAUCCGCUUCAACAACGGCGAGAUUAUCGAUUUCUACGCCGACACCCGCGAAGACAAGCAGGGCUGGAUGAAGGUCCUUGGCGAUGUCAUCGGUCGAACUGGAGAAGAGGAGGACACCACCAACGCUCCCAGUUCCCGCAGGAAGUGGUGUGAACUCGUUCUUAAGCGGGAAGAGAUGCUUCGAAAGCGCGCCGAGACCAGACGAGUUCAUUCGAGGACUAAGAGCAUGAUCGUCUAAGUCUCAGAUAGCUCUGCUAAGCUCUCAUGAUUGAUAUCCCGCGACAGAAAAACGAAGAAACGACAAUAUUAUGCCCAGUAUGAUCUGUUGACCUGCAUACGAAUGAAUUCAUGAUCAUCAACACGCUACUGAGUUCGCCCUUCUAUCUUGCCAUUUUGCCAUAACUCCGGUUUUGUUCCAUCGUCCACUUGGUUCUUUCGACGGACACUCCGCAACCAGUUUGGCUUACUUAUUACACACAUCCUACACAACUUUGUCGUUCUGGCUCCGGAAGUACAGGAUUCUUUUUGUUUCAUAAUUCUGGUUCCUUGUACAGGCCUAAUUAAUCACAACGAUUGAUUGUUACUUUGUUUUUGUUUUUUUCAGUAUGCCUGGAUGCUCACGCAACAAAAAGAUGUUUUUUUUUUUUUCGCAGAGAUUGGAGACGGAGAGAGUGAGAGACAAGAGAGUUUGGAAGGUUAUUCCUCCCAAUACAUCAACCAAGUAAGCCUGGAGCUAUGAAGGCUGGUCAACUCCGCCCCCUUCAGGAAGUGAUGGCAUGCAUGGCGCCCGGGCGAGAGGGGAGUUUUUACUAGGGACGUUAGGUCUUGAGGAUUUGUAGUUAGGGAUUACUCGUUGCUAGCUUGCUUAUCUGUAUUCUGACAGUAAUAAAUUCAUUACUCACAAC